UCGGAAUCUGUAAUUCGUGAAUCUGUACUUCCCUCUAACCUGGCCUGGUUACGUGAUCCAACUUGGUCAGUGCGUGACUGCGCCUGUCGGUCUCUUGCUCGCCUUAUCAAAGCCUGUCCUUCUGCUGCAAAUGACGCUCUCUCAGGACUUAACUCACGAGUCCCAGGUGGUGGAUCAGGUCCGACUGGUGCUGUAGGCAUGCUUAGCGAAAAUCCAACUUCCGCUAAAUCUGCUACAAGCGCUUGUAUGGCUGCCGUAUCCUUUUUCACGGUUUGGCCUCGCUUUUUCUCUGGAUGGCAUUAUGUGAAUAAAACUGGAGAGUGCAUCAAAUUUCGUGCCGUGAUGCUCAUUGCUUUAACAUCUUAUCCUUAA